AUGAGGAGCUCCGAGAGCAGCCGCACCGACCUGCUCUUCCUGAAUUUCAACCAGGAGGCGUCAUGCAUCAGCGUCGGCACGCGCCAAGGUUUCGCCAUCUACAACUGCGAGCCGUUCGGCAAGUGCUUCCAGGAAGACAUUGGCGGUAUUGGCAUUGCCGAGAUGCUGUACUGCACCAGUCUGGUGGCUCUGGUGGGCGCUGGGGACCAGCCGGCAUUUUCGCCGAGGAGACUGCGUGUGUGGAACACCAAGACGGGGGCUGCAAUUUGUGAUUUGAAUUUCGUCACAGCCGUGCUGGCGGUGCGCAUGAACCGACAGAGACUUGUGGCGGUUCUGGAGCGCAAGAUUUACAUUUUCGAUAUCAGCACCAUGAAGAUCCUGGAGACGCUGGACACGUCGCCCAACCCGAAGGCUUUGUGCGUGCUGUCGCCGCAUGACAAUGGCCACCUAGCAUUCCCUUCCGGCGCAUCACCGGGCGAGAUCGUUUUGUAUGACGCCAACAAUCUUAGCGUGUUGAACGCGUUUCAGGCACAUCGCACGGCCCCCGUGGCGAUGGCGUUUAACCCUCAAGGCACACUGCUCGCAACAGCAUCCGAAUCGGGCACACUGAUUCGGGUAUUUGCUGUUCCUAGUGGGAAAAAGGUUGCUGCCUUUCGACGUGGGUCCUACGGCGCUCAAGUCUACUGCCUUGCUUUCAACGAAAGCUCGACGAUCCUGUGCGCAUCUAGCGACACGGGCACCAUCCACUUUUUCUCACUGACUGGGGCUGAGAGCUCAGCUACUGGCAGCUUCGGCCACUUCACCCCGAUCACUUCAACUCUGGCAGUUGCCGGGAGCACAUUCGGCUCCACAGUAUUCGGAAGCGCUGCUGCUCCACCGAGCCCGAUAACUUCAUCAGUGGUAGACCCAUCACCCGGCAAGCCUUCCGCCCACCACGUGUCGUCGUCUGCUACAGCACGUGGAACGCGCACCAGCUCAGGUUUAGCUACGAGCAAUUUUGAUGACGUCGCUGGCGUUAUGAGUGCCUACCUCCCCAGCUCCUUUUCCGGCAUCGCUGAAGGCACUCGGGACUUUGCUUACGCUCGACUUCGCUCAACCGGGGUACCGAACCAAUGCGCUAUCCAUGGCCCGAGAGACCCCAAGAACCCAAUUGUGCAGCUGUAUGUGGCUACAGCCGACGGCUACUUUUAUGAGUACUCGCUGAACCUUGCUGUGGGUGGCAAGUGCAAGCUCGAGCGGGAGAACGUUCUUCGUGACAGCACCUCCGAAGAAAUUGAGGCCAUCUACAUCUCGUAG